UCGCUCUCUCUCUCUUUUUCUGCCUCUCUCUCACCAGUGUCAUUUCCAAGUCUGAGAUCCAUGUGGCUACUGCACCGGCACGUUUAUCGUCAGCAGAGGGGAUAAGGGAUAAAGGGGGGGUGAGAAAAAAAAGGGCAAAAACAGCGCUACAUAGUAAGCACAUGUGCAGAACAUUUAGUACCCUGGAUGAUACGAGAUGAGAGGGGUGGCUUGAAUUAGGAGGAAUACGACGCGAUUUAAAGUCUACCGACAGGAUUUCCAACCGGUCACUGGCCGUUUUUUUUGGAAAAACCUUAAAACAGGAUCUCAAGUGCUGCUGUGUGAUGCCCACAUGCAGAAAUGACCACUGAUCAGGAUCUACCUAUGGACGGCCAGGCGGCCACAGCCAUGUUUGCUUCAAAGGGCAUCGAUGUAACAACAAACAAAGACCAAGGCGUUAUCAAGGUUGUGAAGCGUCAGGGGCUGGAUGGAGACCGGCCGAUGAUCGGGGACAGAGUAACUGUUCACUACUCCGGGAAACUUCUGAAUGGGAAGAAGUUUGACUGCAGUCGAGACCGCAAAGAACCUUUUUGCUUCAAUGUGGGCAAAGGACAAGUUCUGAAGGCCUGGGAUGUUGGUGUGUUGUCUAUGCACAGAGGAGAGGUGUGCACGUUCCUAUGUAAACCUGAAUACGCUUACGGCAUCGCCGGCAACCCUGACAAGAUUCCUUCCAACUCUCCGGUAGUGUUUGAGAUGGAGCUGCUCAAGUUUGAAGGAGAGACGCUUACAGAUGACAGCGGCAUUCUGAGAAGAAUAAAAGUCAAAGGAGACGGGUACACUAAUCCAAAUGAUGGAGCAAGUGUUGACGUGCACCUGGAGGGAAGCUGUGGCGGUCGGUUGUUUGACUGCAGGGACGUCAGCUUCAUAGUGGGUGAGGCUGAAGACAAAGGUGUCCCUCUCGGCGUGGAUCGAGCCAUGGACAAGAUGCAGAAAGGAGAGUGCUGCCUACUUUAUUUACAACCAAAGUACGGCUUUGGAAGCGAAGGUAAACCGGAGUACAAAAUUGGACCAGACAAAGAAAUUGUGUACGAAGUUACCCUCAAAGACUUUAAAAGGGCGAAAGAAUCCUGGGAAAUGGACUUGAACGAAAAGCUGAGUCUGGCUCUUGGAGUGAAGCAUAAAGGGAAUCAUUAUUUUAAGUCCGGGCGGUAUCAGCAGGCAGUCAUCCAGUACCAGCGCAUCAUUUCCUGGCUAGAAAUGGAGUGUGGUACUGGGAUAGAGCAGCAGAAGAGGAUACAGGACUUUCUCCUGACGUCUCACCUCAAUUUAGCACUGUGUUUCCUGCGGAUGAAAGAGUUCUCACAGGUGGUGGAGAACUGCAACAAGGUAAUAGAGCUGGAUGAAAACAACGAGAAGGCUUUGUAUCGUCGUGGGGAAGCCCGUCUCCUUCGUAACGAGUUCAGCCUGGCCAUGGCAGACUUUCAGCAAGUGCUCCAAGUCAACCCCUCAAACCGGGCAGCUCGCGCUCAGAUUUCCAUCUGCCAAAGCAAGAUUAAGGAACAUCAUGAGCAGGACAAGAAAACCUACGCAAACAUGUUCCAGAAAUUUGCAGAAUCUGAUGCCAAGACUGGGAAGACGAGGAGGAGGCGGGACGAGAGCUUGAGGAGCAGCAUGAACGGUGAAGUGGGCACUAAACGACGACGGAGGAGUCAAGACUGUCCUUCGUAUUGACGCUUUGAAGGGAGGGAGAAAAAAGAAGCCUGUCUUGCCACUUGCUUUCUAAGCCCUGAAAGAGAAGUCAGGGACAACGUUGUUCAAGGCCUGAAUCCAAACCUCUUUCUCCAAAUCCAACGUUACCAUUCCUGCAUUUAAAGCAGAGGUUAAGCGGGGACAUUUGCAAACCGAACAGCAUUUCUCCUGUCUCACCCACUCUACAACUGCCAGGACUAAACCUCCAGUGGAUUUAUCACUGCAGACUCAAUGAGUUGAGAUCGUCCAACACUUCAAGCCCCAGCUUUGUGUUUUGAAAAUGUUUUAAUUUAUUUCUUCAAAAACACAGAGAAAUUCCAUUUUAUCUGUCAACAGGCUGCUGUGUAGAGCUGAGAUGUGCCUCCACAGUGUGUUUCUAACUCCAAAACUGUGCUCUGACUUGUAUUUUAUAUUAAGCAUUUUCUUGGGCAGCUGCAUGCAUGUGUCAUGAGGUGUUUGGGAUUCAGACUUGAAACUUUGCAAAUUUUUUCAUGUGCAAUAUGUACUUUGUAACAAGUCUUUAAACUAGCUUUGGAUCAUAAAAGAAACCAUUCAUAAUGUUAGACAGCCUGCUUUCAUUCACUGGGAAACACUGAAAAUACAGAAGAGGUUCAAGUAAUACGAUCUCAGGACUCACAAUGAAUGAAAACUUCUCCAAAUGUUAUAUUUCAAUAUUGUCAUAAAUCACCCAUAUGCCAAAGCAAGCUCAAGUUUCUUAUAGACAAAGGCAAAUAGAGGAAUCUGAAAGAACAAAAGCGAAGAUAACACACUAGGUCCAACCUGGAAAAUUCACAAUUACGGUCACUGUAUCAGUUCCUGCUAGUUAUCACUGAUUUAAUCAGAGAAUAAAUUGUUACAUUUAACUAACACCUACAAAGAUGAACUGGUACAUUUGGAAAAAAAAAAUAUAUAUAUAUAUAUAUAUAUAUAUAUAUAUAUAUGACAGAGCCUAAACUGUGGUGAAAGAAGGAAUAUAAUUCAAAUGUAAUCCCUCGUUUUGAGGUUGUUUACAUGAAUAAGGCCACUUCCAUGCAGUUAAUGAUUUAUCCACAGAUAUAUGCAUCAUGAGUCCUGAAAAAUUGGUUCAAAUGUUGUGUCUUAUUCAUUUGAAACAUCACAGUACAAGCAGAUAUUAUAAGAAGCCUGAUUACAUGACGUUUAUGGGCUGAUAACAGUUGAAUCAAGUGGCAGCUGCAGAAGCAUAAAUAAGAUAUAUUUAAAUGUAUCAGCGCCUCAGCUUCAGUAGAAUUUAGUGACUCAUGACUUUCUUCUUAUCUUGUACUCACUGUAUGUUUAUCACCUAAUUGCAUGAGCAUCAUAUCGGCACAGUCAUCAGCAAACACAAGACCUUAGUUCAACUGUUAUACAAAUGCAGGAUCUUUUCUCCUGACUGCCAUAAAACUAUAAUUAAAACUUCCUUAAAAAAAAAAGAAAAAGCCAGUUAUGAUCAUAAAAUCACCCUGUUCCCACUUUUGUGUCUGGCGGAGCAGAUGUGCAACAAUAGGUUUGACUUUGUGAGUACGAGCGGGACAAGGAUGUAAACUCAAAUUAAGCUUUAAAAUCUACAGAACCGCAGAUUGGACAUGAGACUGGACAAAUGACACCAAACUUUCAGCUCUGGUCAUGUGAUGAACUAUUUCAUUUGACAUCUGUGUAGAUCUUCUUGCCUCAAAACUCUCUCUCAAUUUCCCUGCAUCUUCUUGUUAUCAUUUUGAAAUGUGUGAAAGUUAGUGGCUAGUCAACAAUGCUGCACUGUGAUGACCGUGCAAACCAACACUGUUCUUUUGUUAUGAACUGUCCGGAUGAAAUCCUGACAAUAAUCUGUAGAUGUUUUAAAAACAUUGGUUGGUUCAGAAUGAAAACCUUAGCUGUCUUAAAUAUUUCAUGUAAAAAAAAAGAAGAAAAAAAACAAUGUGUAUGUGCAUGAAUGUAUGAGUGUAUGUGUAUGUGUGUGUGUGUGUGUGUGUGUGUGUGUGUGUGUGUGUGUGUGUGUGUGUGUGUGUGUGUGUGUGUGUGUGUGUGUGUGUGUGUGUGUUGACAUACUGUAUUUGGUUAUAUGUUAGCAAGGUUUUUCAACAGCUUGUUGCUAAAUGUUUUCAAGUACUGCUGGCUCUUUUUGUACAGUGGAAAUGAGCAUGAAGUACUUUUUUUUCUAGCAGUUAUAAAAUUGUAUUUAAAAUAUACUGAAUAUUUAUCCCCUCAUGACAAGUACAGAAAAAGUGUCAGGCAUUCAUUAUUGAAAAACUUCAAAUUUGCAAUUAAGAGGUAUAAGUGGAACAAUUUUGACAUUAAAAUGACUGAUAAAAUGCGGCUGGUUAAAUUGCAAGACAACCACAGAGAAAUUGGUUUUAAUCAGAAGUGCUGUGUCAUUUAAAUUGUUUACAUUUGUUGUAAGACUUUUGCCCUGUAAAGCAAAUUGUGAUCAAUAUUUUAAACUGGCAUUUGUGCAAAAGAAAUAUUUUCAAACAAAACUAACUACAUGAGGUACCUUUGUUUAUGUCUUCUUUAUAUAUAUUUUUUUAAGUUUUUGCACUUUAAAAGCAUUAAAUAUUAUCCAAGA